CUUUUCCCAGAAGGGAUUGGGCGGCCCCCUCCCUCCCUCGUCCCGAUUGGUUCCCUGGAGGUCGACGUCCAUCAGAUGUUAGCUAUGCAGCUCCAGACUCAGGAUACACAUGGAGCGACACUGACACACCUGACACCGGCGCUCGGGAUCACAGGCCUGAUAUCUCAGAGUAUGAGCGCUGGUAUUAUAACUUUGGACCGCACCCACCACGAUCCACUGACUCAGAUGUCAACCAUAAGACGGCAGUGGAUCCGACCCAUACUCGAGUGGAGCCAGUGGAUGCCUGGAAACCAGAAGUAAACAUUUAUGAAUCAGGAUUUGGCACAAGGGAACAAGAACCUGGACCAAGAGCCCCUGAGCCUGCAUCACAUGGAGACCCAAACUGUAAGGUGGACCUGGUCUUCCUGAUGGACGGCAGCUGGAGCAUCGGGAAGCGACGUUUUAAGAUCCAGAAGGACUUCCUGGCUGAGGUGGCUCAGACCAUCAACGUGGGCGUAAAUGGACCCAUGAUGGGCCUCAUCCAAUACGGAGACGACCCCGUGACGGAGAUCAGUCUGAAGUCUCACUCCAACUCCAGAGAGCUGAGGUCGGCCGUAGAUAAGAUUGUGCAGAAAGGAGGCCUCUCAAAUGUGGGAAAGGCCCUCUCCUACAUCAACAAGCAGUACUUCAGCGAUGUCAAUGGAAACCGUGGAGGGGCCCCCAACGUGGCCGUGGUGCUGGUGGACGGCUGGCCCACAGACAAGGUGGAGGAGGCCUCUCGUCACGCCCGGGAGUCUGGCAUCAACAUAUUCUUUGUCACCAUCGAGGGCGCCGACGACAAUGAGAAGCAAAAUCUGGUCGAGGCCAACUUCGUUGACAAGGCCGUGUGUCGGACCAACGGCUUCUACUCCCUGCCUGUGACCAGCUGGUUCGCCCUGAGGAAGGCCGUGCAGCCCCUGGUGAAGAGGGUGUGUGACACGGACCGCCUGAUGUGCAGCAAAACCUGCCUCAACGCCAACGACAUCGCCUUUGUCAUUGACGGCUCCAGCAGCGUGGGAACAGGCAACUUCCGCACCGUGCUGCAGUUCGUGGCGAACGUCACACGAGAGUUUGAGAUCUCCGACACGGACACGCGGGUCGGAGCUGUGCAGUACACCUACGAGCAGAGGCUGGAGUUCGCCUUCGGCCAGUACAACAACAAGGCCGAGUUGCUGAACGCCAUUAAACGCAUCAACUACUGGAGCGGUGGGACCAGCACUGGUGCCGCCAUCACCUACGCCGCAGAGCAGCUCUUCAGCAAAUCCAAACCCAACAAACGCAAGAUCAUGAUCGUCAUUACAGAUGGACGCUCCUAUGAUGACGUCAGGGUGCCUGCACUGAAUGUCCAAAGCCAAGGUGUGAUCGCCUACUCCAUCGGCAUCGCCUGGGCAGCCCAGGACGAACUGGAGUACAUCGCCACGGACCCCGACAAGGAGCACUCCUUCUUUGUGGACGAGUUCGACAACCUCUACAAGUUUGUGUCCAAGAUCAUAAACAACAUCUGCCAGGAGUUCAACUCACAGCCCAGGAACUGAGGACGGACGCACGGGCGGGUGUAAAGAGGGACGUCCCGAUCAUGGGCUGUCCUGACGGGACACUGAUUGUAAAUUUACUCACUCUGUUGCCCAGAUGGUGGAGCUGGAUUGGCUGCAGCUCCCCCACGUUUGAACGGGGAGGGGAAAGGUUCUUAAUUUAGGUGAGGAUUGUGUGUUUUGGUCGAAAAAACUAAUCUUAAAGUGAAUCAGCAUUUGGUCCCAAACGGUGCUAAAAGUAAAGACACAGUGACAUAGUGACAUCUCAUAUGGUCCCAGUUGUUCUCUGUCGGUGCCUUUAAAGAACAGGAUUCCUGAACAUUUAAAAUGAUGGUACCACUCUUGAACGAGACACCUUUAUAAUAGGUCUGUGAGUUGUUCUUAUUUACCGUAGUAAAUUGAUUUCUAAUUUUCUGAAGGUCAAUUAUAAAUCAUUUAUAUGGUGUUAUUCCCCAUUUAGCAUGAAACUCCCCACUUUAUAUUGCAAACCCUCAAAGUAUUGAUUGACCUUUGACCCUCUGGAGGGAAGCUGCAGAACAUCUGGAACAAAAUUCAUCUGUCAACAACUUGUCAAAGUUUACACAAUAGUCAAUUAACGAUGUAUAUUCAAUAAUAACGUCCUUAUGAACAACUAAUAGACCCCUCAUAACAAGUGCCGCACAAAGAAGUGGUACCAGACUAACAGAAGCUGCCUAACUGGGACAUGGUGCUUGCAGAGAAAUGUAGACUUUAAAGCAUGCCUAGCACUUCCUCUUCUGGCUUAACAUACUUCAUAAACUUAAUAAUACGGUGCUUUUCAUACAAUUCUCGGUGAAGAGGAUAUUCUUUUUUUAGAAACGGUGCAUUUUGAUCUUCCUAAGAGGAGAGACUUGUUAGUAGGGACAUUGUUAAAGUUCCUCUGUACGACAUUGGUGCUGAUAUACGAGUGGCAGGUGAGAACGCGGCUCUUGUGAGUGUGACCUGGUGAGUCGGCAACACGGAGCGAUUGAGCUGUGAGGAAAGAGGAGCUUGUAUAUCUCUGUGCAGAGCGACGGAAGAUUGAACGCCAUCCAUCCCGUCGCUCUUUGUUUUCUAAUCAUGUGGUUGCACCGCAGGCGUUUCUCUUUUGUUUGAAGAGUAUUUAUGAUUUUCUGUUAUGUCCUGUUUGUACAUAUGCAUAUUAAAAGCCUUUCGCUAUUAUUGUUCAGAUAAUUGAUCAAUGUUUGUUGUUUUUUUGUUGUUGCAAUUUUUAAUAAAAAUAAAGAAAA